UUCUCAAUGCGUGAAAACGAGGUUUCAAAAGCCAACUGGAAACGAAUUAUCAGUGCAUAUCUUACUGGUACUAAACAAACAAUCAUUUCUAUUCAACUUAAUAUACCAACUAGUACUGUAAGCGAUAUUAUAAAAAAGUAUAGAGAAACAGGCUCUACUAAACCUAAGGAACGUGAUAUAACAGACAAGUUUAAUAUCAGCCUUAAUACAACUUUACACUCUAAUAUAGUUAGAAGUUACCUUCAUGAUGAAGGUCUCAGAAGUUACACUGAGUUAAUUGAGGUAGUACAAGAUAAGUGGCGAAAAAUUACUAUUGAAACAUGUCAUCGCCUAAUUUUAAGUAUGCCUAAUCGGGUUAAAGCGGUAAUUAAGGUCAAAG